UAAUCACAACAAUGCAUAAAUCUUCUUCUUCAUCAUCCUUGGGUCCAGGAGGACUAGACAUAACUAGCUCCUUCUUCCGCCCCAUUCAGCAGACCGCUCCUCCGUCCCCCACCAAACGCAACACCAAAAUCUCCGUCAUUGGUGCCGGAAAUGUCGGCAUGGCCAUCGCCCAAACCAUUCUCACCCAGGACUUAACCGAUGUGCUAGCACUAGUGGACACCAAUGCAAACAAGCUUCAAGGAGAGAUGCUUGACCUCCAGCACGCGGCUGCCUUCUUACCACGCGUGAAAAUACUCUCCGACACUAAUUACUCUGUCACCUCCGGAUCAGAUCUUUGUAUUGUAACGGCUGGAGCAAGGCAGAACCCGGGGGAGACUCGCCUGAAUCUCAUGAAGAGAAACGUGGCUCUCUUCACCAACAUUAUUCCACCGCUGGCAAAACACUCUCCCAACUCGAUCCUGCUCAUUGUGUCCAACCCUGUUGAUCCGCUCACUUAUGUAGCUUGGAAGCUUUCCGGGUUCCCCUCGAAUAGGGUCAUUGGGUCGGGAACAAACCUGGAUUCCUCAAGGUUCAGGUUCCUACUAGCAGAUCAUCUUGAUGUUAAUGCUCAGGAUGUGCAGGCAUUUAUUGUGGGCGAACAUGGAGACAGCUCAGUGGCAUUAUGGUCGAGCAUAAGUGUGGGCGGUGUUCCAGUUCUUAACUUCUUGAAGAGACAACAAAUAGCGUACGAAAAAGAAACACUGGAGAACAUUCACAAAGAAGUCAUACAAAGUGCGUACGAGGUUAUCAACCUCAAGGGAUACACAUCAUGGGCAAUUGGCUACUCGGUGGCUAACCUUGCUAGGACCAUUCUUCGAGACCAACGCCGUAUCCAUCCAGUCUCUGUUCUUGCCAAGGGAUUCUACGGCAUUUCUGAUGGAGAAGUGUUCUUGAGCCUGCCAGCUCAGCUCGGUCGCAGCGGCGUUUUGGGUGUCACUAAUGUUCAUCUCACGGAUGAUGAGGGGCGUCGCCUUAGGGAAUCCGCCGCCGCCAUAAUGGAGGUUCAGACUCAGCUUGGUCUUUGAA